CGCAAGUUAUCUUGGUCUUCUCUCUUUUACCUGCUCUUCUUCCUCAUCCUCAUCCUUACUUGCUGGUUCGUAUGGAAACAGGAAGCCCCCGUCUCGCUCAUGUUCGGAAAUGGCUCUUCAGUAUGGAAAAAAAUCACAACGCUGUGGAACGAGGGGGAAGAAUGCAGCGCGCAGUGCAGUUUGGUCCUUCUGGAGAGCAUCCCAGACACCUUACGCUAUCCAUCUCCGAGCCCUCAAAACCCCACCAUUUACGAAGGGUGGAUGGAUCUCCUCUCGGGAGCCAACAGCGUCGUAGAAAUCGCGGCUUUUUACUUUACCCUCCGGGACUCCGAUUUACAAAUGGAAGAUCCUUCGGCAAAUCCGGGCCUGGAGGUGUUCAAUAUGCUGCGCAGCCUACCUUCCCGGGGGGUGAAGCUGGAGAUAGCGGUGAAUAGCCCUCAAUCGUCCGAACAAGACACUGAUGAAUUGAUCCGUGACGCCUGCGACAAAGGCGUGAGCGUGCGUCUUCUCAUCAGCUGUUGGCAGCACUCCAGACAAACCAUGUUUGUCUUCCUGGAGUCACUCACGGUCCUGAGAAGGAAACCCCUCCACUGCCCCAUCGAAGUGAAACUCUUUGUGGUUCCCACAGAAGGGAGAGAAAUUCCUUAUGCUCACGUUAACCACAACAAAUACAUGGUGACGGACCGCGUAGCUUAUGUUGGAACUUCUAACUGGUCUGAAGAUUAUUUUCUCCACACCACCGGAGUGGGGCUGAUCGUCAAUCAAAGCCACGUUGCUCCCGAAGCCCAACGUUACACUUUGCGCCAGCAGUAUGGCUUCGUCAUCGCCGUAACCACCAUCGACAAUAUCGGAGCCGGCGUGAUUCAGCCGGGACGCGGCUUUGUCCUUUACCCGGUCAAGUACAAGGCGAUUGUCUUCCGCCCGUUCAAGGGUGAAGUGGUGGACGCCAUUGUCACUCAGGUGAACAAGGUUGGCCUCUUCACCGAGAUCGGACCGAUGUCUUGUUUCAUAUCCCGACAUUCGAUUCCUUCAGAAAUGGAGUACGAUACUAACUCGAAUCCGCCCUGCUACAAGACUGUGGAUGAGGACAUUGUUAUCCAGCCAGAAGAUAAUAUCCGAUUAAAGAUUGUGGGGACCCGGGUGGACAAGAACGAUAUAGUGAGUUGCAUCCUUUGA